CAAACUACUCGCUAGUUUAAGGUACUGAAAAUCAAACAAACGAUCCACAUAACAAGAUUUCAUCCUCCCAUUCCCAUAUUGUUCUUCUCUCUCACUGCCAUGGUUUUUUUCUCCACCAUUAAUUCUCCUCAUAUUUCUCUCCUUUACCCUUCAUUUUCUUUGUUUGACUCUUUCAUUUUCUUUAUGUUCCCCACUAUUUCUCACCAACAAAGGGGGAAAAAAAAAAAUACAAUAACGCUAAUAAAGAUAAAAUCUUUUCUCUGGACACUCUGCUGGUUCAUUUAUUAAAUCAAGAAAAAUGAGGAAAGUGGUGGUUGGGGCGGCGGCGAUAGGAGCCGCGGCGGUGGUGGGAGUGGCGGCGGUGGUGGUGAGGCAGCGGAUGAAGAACUCCAGCAAGUGGGCCCGGUGUAUGGCUAUCGUGAAGGAAUUUGAGGAGAAAUGUGGGACCCCCGAGUGGAAAUUGAAUCAGCUUGCUGACGCCAUGACUGUGGAGAUGCACGCUGGUUUAGCGUCCGAGGGUGGAAGCAAAUUGAAGAUGCUUAUUAGCUUUGUUGAUAAUCUUCCCACUGGUGAUGAGAACGGAGCUUUUUAUGCGCUCGAUCUUGGCGGCACAAAUUUCCGUGUGUUGCGAGUUCAGUUAGGUGGCAAAGAAGGUGGAAUUGUUCAUCAGGAAUUUGCCGAGGCAUCAAUCCCUGAAGAAUUGAUGUGUGGAACUUCAGAUGAACUGUUUGAUUAUAUUGCGGAGAAACUUGCAAAGUUUGUGAAUGAAAAAGAACAAAUAUUUCACGAUCAACCUCCUGGAAGACAGAGGGAGUUAGGCUUCACCUUUUCAUUUCCUGUGAUGCAAACUUCUAUAAAUUCUGGAACUCUUAUUAGGUGGACAAAGGGCUUCAAUGUUAAUGGCACGGUUGGCCAAGAUGUGGUAGGUGAACUAACCAAGGCAUUGAAAAGAAAGGAUGUUGACAUGCGGGUCGCAGCUCUGGUUAAUGAUACAAUUGGGACAUUAGCUGGAGGACGAUAUAACAACAAUGAUGUAACUGUAGCAGUGAUAUUGGGCACUGGGACUAAUGCAGCAUAUGUCGAGCGUGCGCAAGCAAUUCCAAAGUGGCAUGGGCCUUUGCCUAAAUCUGGGGAAAUGGUUGUAAACAUGGAGUGGGGCAACUUCAGGUCUUCACACCUUCCUUUGACCGAGUACGACCAUGCAUUGGAUAUUGAAAGUGUAAAUCCUGGCGAACAGAUAUUUGAGAAGAUGACUUCCGGAAUGUAUUUGGGUGAAAUUUUACGCAGGGUUUUACUCAAGUUGGCCGAAGAAGCUUCCUUUUUCGGCGAUGAUGUCCCGCCAAAACUUAAGACUCCAUUCAUAUUGCGAACUCCUGAAAUGUCAGCUAUGCAUCAAGAUACAUCUCCGGACCUGCGGACGGUUGACGAAAAACUCAAGAAUAUAUUAGAGGUACCGAACACUUCCCUGAAGAAAAGGCGGGUUGUGGUGGAGCUCUGCAACAUGGUGGCCACCCGUGGGGCCCGCGUGGCUGCUUCAGGCAUCCUUGGUGUUCUGAAGAAGAUGGGAAGGGACAACUCUGCAGCCACGCAAAAGACGGUUAUAGCCAUGGAUGGUGGUUUGUAUGAGCACUACACUGAAUACCGUAAGUGUCUCGAGAACACGGUUAAUGAGUUACUGGGUGAAGAGAAUUCUGCAGCUAUUGUGUUUGAGCACUCGAACGAUGGCUCGGGAAUAGGGGCAGCCUUGUUGGCUGCCUCGAAUUCGCUUUAUGUCGAUGACAGGUCAGCACCAUCGUCAUCUCCUUGAAAAUUCGGGUGUUUUUUCCUUUUUUUUUUUGAAGGAAAAAAUGAAAAUAAGAUGGAUUUUUUUCUUUCUUGUUCUUUUCCUGCCAUGUUUAGAGCAUGGAUGGNCAUUGGAUAAGUUUU